CUCCCAGUGGCAACUACCAAGAAAAUCAAAACAAGAUGAAAAUUUUACAUUUGCUGCUUCUCUUGUGUCACGUGUCGUCAUCAGUAAAACACUCCCUGAAGUUUUUCUUCACUGCAUCUUCUGGAGUCCUAAAAUUCCCACAGCUUGUGGGUGCUGCAGUGGUUGAUGACCUUCUGGCGGGUUACUGCGACACCGAUAUAAAGGUCGUAAAACUAAAACAGGACUGGGUGAAAACAGCAUUAGAAGACAAUCCACAGCAGUUGGAGUGGUACACUCAACAGUGUCUUGUGAUCCUGCCAAACGUCUCCAAAGCCGAAACUGACAGAUUGAAGCAGCGCUUCAACCAAAGUGGAGGUAUCCACAUUUUCCAGAGGCUGAGUGGCUGUGAGUGGGACGAUGAGACUGGAGAGAUUAAGGGUUUUAUGCAGUAUGGUUAUGAUGGAGAAGACUUCCUAUCAUUGGACCUGAAGACACUGACAUGGAUCGCUCCGAAACCACAGGCUGUCGUCACCAAACUGAGAUGGGAUGCUGACAAAGUCAGACUAAAACACCAUGAAAACUACUUAACUCAUGUUUGUCCUGAGUGGCUGAAGGUUUAUGUGACCUUUGGAAAGAGCUAUCUGCAGAGAAAAGCCCUUCCCUCAGUGUCUCUCCUCCAGAAGUCUCCCUCCUCUCCAGUCAGCUGCCAAGCUACAGGUUUCUACCCUGACAGAGCCAUGAUGUUCUGGAGGAAAGAUGGAGAGGAGAUUCAUGAGGACGUGGAGCUCGGAGAGAUCCUCCCCAACCACGAUGGAUCCUUCCAGAUGAGUGUUGACCUGAACCUUUCAUCAGUCCCACCUGAAGACUGGAGGAGCUACGACUGUGUGUUUCAUCUCUCUGGUGUGAAGGACCACAUCGUCACUACACUGGACAAAGCAGUGAUCAGGACCAACAUGGAGGAGCCUUCUGACCUGACCAUUUCCAUCACUGCUGCAGUGGCUGUUCUUGCGCUCAUCCUCAUCGCUGUCAUUGGAUUCAUCAUUUGCAAAAAGAAGAAAAGUGAGUUUUUUUGAAGUGGUUUAUUUAUU